UCUCCCCGGCCCUUUGGAGAGCUCCUUUUCAGCAGCCCCGCCGGGGCCGGAGCCCGUCUCUGCCACCACCAACCUGACUGCCUCCUUCUCCCGCCAGGUCUCUCAGGGAACUCUGGCCCUGCUCCCCGAGCCCCAGGAGCCCCCAUGAGUGCCGGUGAAGGGAGUGCUGGAUAGCAGAGGCCCCAGCUGGCCUAGGGGCAGGUACCGCGCCAUGCCACCCAUCCUCCAGCGCCUGCAGCAGGCCACCAAGAUGAUGAGUCGCAGGAAAAUCCUGCUCCUGGUACUAGGGUGCAGCACCGUAAGCCUCCUCCUCCACCAGGGGGCGCAGCUCAGCUGGUACCCCAAGCUCUUCCCCCUGAGCUGCCCGCCCCUGCGAGAGUCGCCGCCGCGCCCCAAGCACAUGACCGUGGCCUUCCUGAAGACGCACAAGACGGCGGGCACGACGGUGCAGAACAUCCUCUUCCGCUUCGCCGAGCGCCACAACCUGACGGUGGCCCUGCCGCACCCGAGCUGCGAGCACCAGUUCUGCUACCCGCGCAACUUCUCGGCGCACUUCGUGCACCGGGCCACGCGGCCGCCGCACGUGCUGGCCAGCCACCUGCGCUUCGACCGCGCCGAGCUGGCGCGCCUCAUGCCGCCCGACACCGUCUACGUCACCAUCCUGCGCGAGCCGGCCGCCAUGUUCGAGUCGCUCUUCAGCUACUACAACCAGUACUGCCCGGCCUUCCGGCGCGUGCCCAACGCGUCGCUCGAGGCCUUCCUGCGCGCGCCCGAGGCCUACUACCGCGCGGGCGAGCACUUCGCCAUGUUCGCGCACAACACGCUGGCCUACGACCUGGGCGGCGACAACGAGCGCAGCCCGCGCCACGACGCCGCUUACCUGGCGGCGCUGAUCCGCCAGGUGGAGGAGGUCUUCUCGCUCGUCAUGAUCGCCGAGUACUUCGACGAGUCGCUCGUGCUGCUGCGCCGCCUGCUGGCCUGGGACCUGGACGACGUGCUCUACGCCAAGCUCAACGCGCGCGCCGCCGGCUCGCGCUUGGCCGCCAUCCCCGCGGCGCUCGCGCGGGCCGCNNNNGCCUGGAACGCGCUCGACGCCGGCCUCUACGACCACUUCAACGCCACCUUCUGGCGCCGCGUGGCGCGCGCCGGGCGCGCAUGCGUGGAGCGCGAGGCGCGCGAGCUGCGCGCGGCCCGGGAGCGCCUGCUGCGGGGCUGCUUCGGCGCGGAGCCCGUGCUGCGGCCGGCCGCGCAGAUCCGCACCAAGCAGCUGCAGCCCUGGCAGCCGAGCCGCAAGGUGGACAUCAUGGGCUAUGACCUGCCCGCCGGUGGCGCCGGCCCGGCCACUGAUGCCUGCCUCAAGCUGGCCAUGCCCGAGGUGCAGUACUCCAACUACCUGCUGCGCAAGCAGAAGCGCCGGGGUGGCACGUGGGCCCGACCCGAGCCCGUGCUGGACAACCCACCACCGAGGCCCAUCCGAGCGCUACCGCGCGGCCCCCAGGGCCCCUGAGCUCCUCCUGCCCAUGGGACCGCCCCAUCACCGACCUUUCUUUGCAAGGGCUUAACUCCUGCCCCCAAGGAGGGAGGGGGUUGUGCCUGGGGAACUGAGCCCACUUCCCCGGGGUAGUCCCAACCCCACCUCUGGAGAGGGUACUGAUAGGCCCGAUCGAGCCCCGGGUCACCCUCUCCUCCUCUCCAAGUGGUUGGCGACUUUGCCGCAAGGCCUGAGGCCUGCCCAGAACCGCCACCCUGCCUUUUUCGGAGGUCUGAGCUGCCUACCAAUCCGACUGCUACUCGGAGCUGGGAAGGGCAGGCAGCACCUUGCCUGGCUUUUCGAAUGAAGGAGCCCAGGUCCCAGAGACACGCUGAACCCCCGCAAUUGCUGCCCCUGGCGGUCAGCGGCCAGCCAGCCGGGUUCUUGCCCUUCGUCCAGGGCCAGCGGGGCCCACACUGUCUUCCAGGUUCUAUUAGCCCCAUAGAUCCGAGCUGCUCCCAGACCCCCAGAACCAAGUGUUCUUGGGCCGGGCUUUUUGUUUGGUGUUUUUUCCCUUUUUUUAAUAAAAUACCUUGGAAAUGUG